AGACAGACAAAUAAAUAGGUAGAGAGAGAGAUUGAGAUCUAGACAGAAAGGAUAAAAAAUACAGAGGAAGUAGGAUAUUGAGAAAGAGAGAGAGAGAGAGAGAGAGAGAGAGAGAGAGAGAGAGAGAGAGAGAGAGAGAGACAUACACACGAUUAAAUAGAAAGUCACAAAACUUUAAGCUAGAAGGUGGAGCGGUAGAUGAGCUGGUCUAGAUUUACUAAAUUAUAUACAGAUUGAAACGAGUGACACCUGGCUACUAAAGUCAUGGGAAUCAACAGGUAGACACCAGAAAAAAAGGGGGAAACAUCAUACCAAGGAAGAAUAGCAAAACAAGAAAACAACAUUCAUAUUAAGAGAAGCAAAGGAAUGUACAGGGAAAUCAUAAUACAAUAAGUGAUAAUACGUGUUUCAAUCUACGAACAUUCAUUUGUCAAAUACACAUUUUACACUAUAUUUUUUGCUAUCCUCAAUACAAAUUUGUACAUAUAAAUAUAAUAUCAGUCAUUGCUCUCUCUCUCUAUAUAUAUAUAAACUUAUAUACAUAUAUACAUUAAUAUACUUAUAUAUAUAUUACAUACUUAUAUUCAUAUCUUCAUAUACACAUAUACAUAUAUAAAUAUAUAUACAUCAUCAUAAUUUUAGAAAAGAUGUUUUGCUCAACAGAUAGGAUACCUGUUGCCUCAGGAAGGAGAUGGCGUCAAACGAGUUAUUUAUCGCUACUACAACUAUUAUUAUUUAUACUUUUGUGUCGAGCAGAUGUAGUGAGUGCCGAAGCUUCGUUGACGAUAAAACUUGCUGUGGCUUCAGCUAUGGCCGUUCUAAUGUUUAUACUACUUAUGAUAAUUAUCGUUAUCGGUAUCACCUGCAAUAAAUGGUACGAUAAAUAUCAAACUAAGCUUGGACGCGGAAAAAUACCAGCUAUUUCCAGUUUCUGGAAGAAACGAAAAAGCAUUCGACAUUCGGUGGAAUCUGCACGAAGCAAGGACCCACUCAGCACUUAUAACAGUGUGAUAAUUCCAUCACCAAAUCCGAGAAACAAUGAAACAGAUACAUGGAUUAAGAAAUGGGCCAAUGAUACCAGACAAUAUGAAGAAAUGACAAAAGAAAUGGAACUUGGAGAUGAAACAGUUGAAGUACCUCUGGAUGAAAUUAAAACUCUCUCUGAUUCGUCUAAAGAUGGGGUUCCGAAUGGCUCCUUAAGUCACAGUGUUAAAACUACUGAAGAAUCACUCCCCAGUUCAUAUGCAUCGAUUUCAAAGGUUAAGACUGAUGAAGCAAAGACGGAAACUGAAAAUCAGCAGAACGAUAUUGAUACGGUCGUUCUAUAAUAAUAAUUAUCAUCAUAAUAAUAAUAAUGAUAAUAAUAAUAACAAUAAUAAUAACAAUGAUUGAUGAUGAUGAUGAUGAUACAUCAUCGUAAAGACAAAAAGUACGACUAUUUUUUUAACGUCAUUUCGGAUUUAUCACAAUUUGGAUAUAACAUGGUGUUUUCAAAAAAGCAAUAACGUUUACUUUAAUUAAUUAUGUCUAUCAAUACAACAAAUCGUUUUCAUUAAACACAAUCAACCUUAAAGAUCUGACGGAAAUGCAUUAAAACAAAACAUUUAAAAAAAAACUAGAUUUCCGUAUAUGUGUGAGUGUACAUAUAUAUAUUUGUAUAUGCAUAUAUAUAUAUUUGUAUAUGUAUGUAAAUAUACGGAAAACUGAUGAAUAUAUAUCCUAAUUAUAAUAAUAUCUUCAAUGAAAUUUCAAAGCAUAUACCACAGAGAGCAAAAUAAAAACUUGUGUUAAGUUACUGUUUUGUAAAGAACGAUCAGAUUCUGUUCUACCGAGAAACUGAAUGUAAAAUAACAAGUAUGUAAUAAUACAAAUACAAAUAUUAUGAGGCAUUAUGAAAAAGACACGUUGCUAAAAAUGUGAGAAAAAUGUGGGACAAAUGGUAAUGCACCUUUCUUAUAUUUUCUUAUAUUCUCUUAUGUGUACAACAUUUGCAUUAGACAUUCUAAGUGAAUUUAUAAUCUUGUUUACAGAUUAUGAAUUCUCAUGAACGCAAAAAGAGCAAAUCUGCGCAUGAUAGCCAAAUAAUUGUUAAAGCCAAGAGAUGCGUGCGCGCGCAAACGUGUGUGAGUGUUUGCGCGUCUCAGUAUGUGUAAUAUAAUACAAUAUAUAAUGUAUAAUAUAUAUUAUUAUAUAUAUAUAUAUAUAUAUUAAUAUAUAUGUCAAUAAUAAUAUAAUAAUAAUAAUAAUAAUAAACAGCAGUAACUAAAGAGUGAUUUGAGUCACUCUCUAACUUCUGCUGCUACAGAUUGACUCAAAAUACGCACACACGUACACACACCACACACACACACACACACACACACACACACACACACGCACGCACGCACUAGUACGCACACAGUUAUUUUCUUAACGUAAAAAUUAUCAAUUACAAAUGCGUCUUUAAAAUAAAGAAUUUUUACACAGCCCUGACGAAGGAUCUUUUUGUGUAA